GGUAUUUAUUGAAUGAAUGUUUACCGAUAACACUAUGUAAGGUUAAGAGAAAUAGAGUAGAGCGUAACUCAUGCGGAUAUACAAUAACGGAUCGUAUUUUACAUUCAGAUCCAUCUAGAAAGUGAUAUUUUCAUAUCAAACCGCAUAUGCUAUAUCCAUGAUAUAUCACUUGCAAUUUGUCUUGCAAGUGUAUAAAAAUCUAAAUGAAUUCAUGUUUAAAACAUUGUAUGCAAUGCAAAAAUAGUAAGUGUUGGCAAUGACAAUCUAGAUUAUAUAAUUUAUCGGAAGUAUUAAGUAUGUAUAUGUGUGAAUGAAUAAAAUAAAUAAAACAGAUUAUGGCGUAAUCGUGUUAUAGUAAAUUUCAAAUGUGUUUCGUAAAAGAUGUUUAAUCUAACUAAAUUGGAAUAUGAACUUAUGGCAUGAUACACACUGAGUCUGACUAAACUGUUUCAAUAUGGACAGAAUGGUGCGGAUCCUCCUGUUGUUAUGUUUCCAAUGUAUUACUUUGGAUUCAAUUGAGGCACAAGUACAAGAUGCGUUCUUGGCAGGAUUGGACAACUAUGACGUUAUCAUCCCAUCACGUGUUUUUCAGGACGGAGGUCACAUGACAUAUUCAUUACAUCCGGCGCACAAAGUUCAUAAGCGCAGUGCUGGUUCGCUGCACAAUUUUGAUACAAUACAUUACAACAUUGAUAUUAACAAUCAACCUCAUGUUCUGCAACUGGAACUCAACCAAAAACUCCUGUCGGAAGCGUUUGUAAUUGAGCGAAUGAAGAACAAAUUUAAAAAUGUAACAGAUUCAUCGUUUUCACGUCUGCAUGACAGCAAAAGCAAGUGCCAUUUCCAUGGUCAUAUAAUUGGUCAUCCGGGCAGUACGGUGGCAUUAGGACUAUGCAACGGAAUGACUGGAUUUAUCCGCACAGCGGAUGACGAAUAUCUGAUUGAGCCACUUCAAAACGAGACACUUGCGCCGGAUGGGCGUCAUCGACACGUUCUGUAUCGGCGGUCAGCACUUCCGGCGAGGUUGACCUACCCGGGCGAACAUUCGGUGGACGAACCAUCUUGCGGAAUAAAUAAAUUUGAGAAGCAAAAAACGCAGCGCGAGCGCUGGGAGCGUCAUGUACGACGCCGCGAGACGCUAAAGCCACGCAGGCGCCGGAAGCGUUCCUUCUCAACUGAACGUUACGUUGAGACGUUGGUUGUGGUGGACCCUAGCAUGGUGAAAUAUCACAACAACGAGCAUCUAGAGACCUACGUCCUCAGUAUCAUGAACAUGGUGUCAGUGAUGUUCCACGAUGGAAGCAUUGGAAACUCAGUCAAUAUCGUCUUAGUUCGGCUGCUCUUGGUAGAGGAAGAUCAGGACGACCUUCUGAUUGCCUACCAUGCCGACAAGACGCUGAACAGUUUCUGUAAGUUCCAGAAGAAAAUAAACUUUAAGGACGACGACCAUCCCAACCACCAUGACGUGGCCGUACUUCUCACCCGAAAGAAUAUCUGCUCGCGCCUGAAUGAGCCGUGUGGUACGCUGGGUUUGGCCCAAGUGUGGGGGAUGUGUCAGCCCCAUCGCAGCUGUAGUAUCAGCGAGGAUACCGGUCUCGCCCUCGCAUACACCGUCACGCACGAGCUGGGACACAAUUUCGGGAUGCCGCAUGACGGCGAGUCUAACGGGUGUCUGGACCCCCCGGGGAUGCAGCUGUUUAUCAUGUCCCCCAGUCUCGUGGUGGACAGCCGAGCAAAGUUCUGGUCUAACUGCAGCGAGGAGGCCAUCACCAGUUUCUUCGACCGCGACUGGGGUUACUGCCUUGACGACGAGCCGACGACUCUGCACUACGACCUUCCGAUACUGCCGCCGGGAACCAUGUACGACGCCGAGCACCAAUGUCGUCUGCAGUACGGUACAGACAAUGCCACCGUUUGUACCAACGAGCAGGACGUAUGUACGAGCCUCUGGUGCCGCACAGACAAUCGCUGCUCCACCCACCUCGAGGCGGCGGCAGAAGGCACAAUCUGCGGAACCAACAAGUGGUGUUAUCAAGGGGCCUGUGUUGAGAUAGGGGACCGCCCGGGGGCCAUAGACGGGGAGUGGGGCCAGUGGACGCAUUGGAGCCAGUGCUCGCGCUCGUGUGGGGCCGGCGUGGAACACUCCCAGAGGCACUGCGAUAACCCCGCACCAUCACAUGGAGGAAAAUACUGUCUCGGUGAAAGAAAGAAAUUCCGGAUCUGCAAUACAGAGGAAUGCCCCGAUGAGAUCACGUUUAACCAAGUGCAGUGUGAGGGAUUUAACUAUGUCCCGUACAGAGGGGGGCUGUAUGAGUGGGAACACGUCCCAUCGCCAGAGACUCCAUGCCAGCUGCACUGCAAGCCCAAGACCCACUUCUUUUCCGUGCUUCUCAAGGACAUCGUGGAAGACGGCACCCCGUGCACGGCGGGUACGAGGAAUAUUUGCAUUUCCGGUAGAUGUCGGCAUAUCGGUUGCGACUACGUGAUCGACUCGUCGGCCCGCGAGGACCGGUGCGGGGUGUGUCACGGGGACGGAACCACGUGCACAACAGUCAAGGAGCAGUACAAUGAGUCGCAGGGGCUGGGUUAUGUAGAAGCGGGCGUGAUCCCGAAGGGAGCACGAAACAUUCGUGUGGAAGAGGUGGCGGAGGCCAUCAACUUCCUAGCGCUCCAGAAUGAUCAAGGCGAGUACUACCUGAACGGACACUGGUUCAUCCAGUGGAGCGGCGACUACACGGCGGCAGGAACAAUCAUCCGCUACAGCCGCGUCGGCAACAAGGAAACGGUUAACGCCGCCGGACCGACCAAGGAGCCGCUACACGUCAUGCUGCUUUUGCAGUCCACUAAUCCCGGGGUGGUGUUCGAGUAUACGAUCCCCAAGACGAACAUCACGGAGCUGCGAGCCCCGGAGUUCCACUGGGUGUACCAGCCAUGGACGCACUGCACGGCGUCCUGUGGGGGAGGAAGUCAGAGGUCAGAGGUGGUGUGUACGGAGCUUGAGGGAGACCACGUGGAGGACCGAUACUGCAACGUGACAAACAAACCAGACGACAAACAGCGUGUCUGCAACGUGCACUUGUGUCCCGCGAGGUGGUGGAGUGGACCUUGGCAACACUGCUCGGUAACGUGCGGCGACAAUGGUGUCCGAUUCCGGACCGUGAUGUGCGUGCGCAGCCUGGGACCGGAAGAGCAAAUUGCACUCAACGAUGAUGCAUGCGACGCGAGAGAGCGGCCCCAAGAAAUGGAGAGUUGCCAUCCGAAACCUGCCUGUCUGGCGGACCAACUCUGGCAAAACGGAGACUGGUCGAAGUGUUCCGUAAGCUGCGGAGAAGGGUUCCAGUCCCGGGAGGUGUGGUGCGUGGUGCCGGGUACAUGUGUCGGUGCAGCAGUGCCCGAGGAAGAAAGGCCGUGUACAUCUGAGCCCUGUCCACCAAGUAAGGAUUCAACUACCACCACCACAGUUGCCACAUUAACUUCAAGUAUUGAAACAAUGCAAUCUACCACCACUAGAAUAGCCCUCCCUACAUCGCAAAGUAUAUAUAUUGCCACAACCGAUAUACAGUCAAAAUCAGUAACAACGACCGAUCCCACGCAGACAUUGUUUCCUUCAUCACAACCUAUGAAAUCAAGUGGCGUUAAUAGUGUUAAUGAAAAUCCUUCAGACACGUCUAGCACGUCAACAACAACUUUACCUGGUAAGUCGCCUAACGCAACAACUAUGAAAGUAGCAUCUUUAACCGACGCGAUUAAACCAAACGGUGAUCGUGAAAACAAAACAGAACAUGCAGAAUAUGACGAUGAUGUUUUAGAGGAAAAUAUUUCAAUUACCGCAGAUGUAAUUUUUGCAACGCCUGAACCAACGGGAGCUGUGCUGCCAACGUCUACAGUAACUGUAGUAAACGGAGCAGAGACAAAUGCAACAGCAUUACUAGACGUUGACUUUGCAGAAGCAAGAAAUGAAACUUAUGAAAUCGAUGGGGAUGCUCCAAAGGAGAUAAAUGCGAGUAAAAAUGAAAGUGUGCCUGAUAGUAAAUAUGGUCCCGAUGUUCAUAAUAAUGACAAUAGCAAUAUUACCUCAUCGAUUCUUGAUACAGGAAUAAAGGCAGAAUCAAAUAAAAUGCAAACCAACGCAAAUGAAGGUACCGCUAUUAAAUUAUCAGACUUAAAUAUCAAAUUGAAACCAAUAUCGGAUGAAAAUGCAUUACCAAUUUUACCAGAUGAAAGUGAACAACCACCAAUGCCAGCGCAUUUACCAGAUGGUAGUGAUCUACCACCAUUGCCAGCGCAUUUACCAGAUAAAAGUGUACUACCACCAUUGCCAGCCCAUUUACCAGAUGUAAGUUACCUACCACCACUUCCGGGGCAUUUACCGUAUGAAUCGGACCUUCUACCAACCAAAGGGCAUUUACCGGAUGAUCAACCACAUUUACCAGAUGAAAUACCACCACUAUUAAAUGGACCGUUGUCAGUUAAAAAUGACUUAAGUAUGUUACCAAAAGAGUUAUUGAAUCUCCAAAAUAAUAAAGAUUUACCAAAUGUUCCAGGAAUCAAUCAACAACCGACAACAGAUAAUACAUUAAUGUCAGUUGGGAAUAUUUUACCUUCAGUCAAAGACAACACUGGCGUUACAUCGUCGGAAAAUGGGUUAAAUUUGGCCAGUAUAAGGCAAGAAACAGAAGUUAAAAUAAUGAAACAACCCGAUUUUAAAUUAAAUACAACAGAAACGGUUGAUAAAGGGGUUGAAGCGAACAGCAAUAACAUAGAUACAGAGAAAUUUUAUACUAAUACAGAUACUCAUGAAACAAUAACUGAAGGGUUAGGCGAUAUUCAAUCAUCGGCAAAUGUUAAAACCGAUGACAACUCAGGUAAUAGUGCAAUAAAACAUGCAGAAUCAUAUAUUUUAGAAACGUUCCACAAAGACAAUUUAGCUCAGCCGACAGGAUCUGGGUUUAACGAGACUAUGCAUUUAGAUGUGACAGUAUUACAUAGCGAUUCGGUACCGGAUGUUGUGGGGACCAUGCCGGUGUUGAAAGUAGACGUGCAACUUAAUUUUAAGUGGAUUCCAUCAGAUUGGAGUGAGUGUUCCCGAAAGUGCGGGGGCGGUGUGCGCACGCGCACUGUGGACUGUGUGGAACGAAUAAACGGUGUCGGGGUGGUUGAUGCGCAUUGCGACAUCAACAUGAAACCGCCCGCCAUUGAGGACUGCAACAGUUACCUGUGCCUGGAGUGGACUGCGCUCGAAUGGGGAGAGUGCUCCAGCGAGUGUGGACCCAGCGUCCGACGCCGCCAGGUGAGCUGUCCCAAUGAAGGUCACUGUGACCCGCACUAUAAACCAAUCAGCGAGGAGCAGUGCGACACACUCCCUUGUAUCAUGUGGGUGGCCGGCCAGUGGAGUUCGUGCACACGUGGUUGUGGAGGCGGAGAGCAGCUGAGAGUUGUACAGUGUGUGCACGUGACCUCCCAGCAGACGAGUGCCGGCUGUGACAUCGCCCAACAGCCGCCCGACUCGCGUGAGUGCAACACGGAGCCGUGCCAGGAGAAUAACGCAGCGCUGUCCAUAGAAUGCGAGUACAAUGAGAUGUCCUCCCUUGUGUGUAGAACUCUCAAGCGCAUGGGGCAGUGCCAGAAACGCUUUGUGGCAUUGAAAUGCUGCCGCACGUGCGCCGUGCAAGAGAAGCGCACGGACAAACCCACUAAAGAACAAUAAACACAGCACCUCAACAUUUAUAACAUUGAUAUUAUAUUACCCUUUAUCCAAUUUUACAAUAGUAUUUUAGGGACCACUUAUUUAGUUGCUCUUUGCUGGUCAUUUUGUGCUAAUAUUUUUUGAAACAAUAGUGUGACCAUGUUAACUAUCACCCGCAUAUUUGUCUGCAUUUCAUUUGUUAGUGACUGUUUGUGUGGAUGUUAUCAAGAUAUGCGAUUAUAUGAAAUCCAAUUACCACAAACCUGAUAUGUAUAUUGACAGGCGUAACCUGUUAUGCAAAAAACUACCGACAGCAAAUUAUCAGUGGUUGGACCAUUUUAUUAACUUCAUUAUUUACGGACAUAUGUACACUUACAAUCUAAAAAUCUAUCUAGUAGAAUCCAAAUAAUUGUUUUCCCACCGGAUGCACAAUUCGCAACUGGUAUAUGGCAUUGCCUUAAAUAUUUCGAAUAUUGAAGCCUAUCGAUGCAAUGGUUGGACUUUAAAAUCAUCUCAUAAUUUCUGGAAAAAAGCCAUAUAAAUCUACUAAGUAGCAUUUCCAUCGUUGUCAUAUUGAUGUAUAUUUACAAAGUCGAAAAUAUGCAAUAGAUGUUACUAGUGAUAAAUAAGGCACUUUAAAUCAAAAUGAGUAUAAGCUUAACUGCAAGCCCCGCAGUAAAAUUCGUGUGCCUGUUUUACUGAAUAACUAAAUAUGUGCAAUUAUUUCGAAUGAUCUUAUAUAUUUGGUGUUCUAAAAUGACCGUUUUGUUAGUGUGGAUGUGUGUAAAUGUAUUAUGCUCGAUUGUGGUUAAGCGGCCAUAUUUUGUGCCUAGCUACAUGUAAAGUUGGUAUAACAUUUUGGGCGUGUUAUAUGAAAAUCGAUCUUUUACUAUAUGCGCCCAGUGUUGACACAUCCGCGCAGUCUGGUCGGGAGCUGUGCUGCCCGCUAUAAAGUCAUGCAAGGUUUCAAGGUCUCAUUAGCGGACAGUGUAGCUCCUGUGCUUGAGCUACGAUGGCCGCAUAUGGCAUUAGGUCCAUUUUCGCAUAUUGUGGCUCAUUUUAUAUUGAUUGCUAGUGGUGUGCUGAAUACGUUAGAAAGUGAUUGAUGAACAACUGUUUGCAUACUGUUUUUUUUAAAGAAAUGAUUGAGUUUGAUGAAUGCUUUAUACAGGUUUUAUAUUAUUCUUAAUUGAUACUUCUUGUAAAUAAAAUUAUACACAA